GCAGAGAAACGUGGUUGUAAGGUGGCGGCAUCUAUUAGCAAGUCCAUAGAUUAUGCUGUAAUUGGGGAAAAUGCAGGCCAGAAGGCAGACAAGGCAGAAUCGUUAGGAAUCAAGUGCCUCACGGAGAAUGAAUGGGAGGAUAUGCUUAGUGGUAAUUCAGCCAAGAAAGCAAGGCUAGACAGCCCUGAGUUGGAUGAUGGCGAAGAUAUGGAAUCUGAUGAGGAAGGUGCUAAAUCUGAUUUAGAUCUGAAAGGAAAGAAGGUUGUAUUUACAGGGACACUCAAAAAUCAAACACGUAACCAAGCAACAAAAGAUGCAGAGAUGCAUGGAUGUAAGGUGGCGGCAUCUAUUAGCAAGGCAGUUGAUUAUGUUGUAAUUGGGGAAAAUGCAGGCCAGAGGGCAGACAAGGCAGAAUCAUUAGGAAUCAGGUGUCUGACGCAAAGUGAAUGGGCGGAUGUGUUGAGUUUUAAGUCAGCCAAGUAUAGAAAGUUGCCAAGCCCUGAAAUGGACGAUACUGAUAGCGAAGACGUGGAAUCUGAAGAAGAAGAUGUUAAAAUCGAUGUAGAUCUGAAAGGCAAGAAGGUUGUGUUCACAGGGGCACUUACAAAUCAAACACGUAGCCAAGCAACUAAAGCUGCAGAGACACGUGGUUGUAAGGUGGCGGCAUCUAUUAGCAAGGCAGUAGAUUAUGUUGUAAUUGGGGAAAAUGCAGGCCAGAAGGCCGACAAAGCAAAAGCGUUAGGUAUACAGUGUUUAACAGAGAACGAAUGGGACGAUGUGAUAAGUGGUAAAGGUGGCUCAUCACGUCAAGCUGCGUCACAGGUUAAAAGUGGUGGACCUAAACGAAAGUGUAGAUAUUGGGACAAAUGCUUUCGAACAAACAAGAACCAUCUACAGUUGUUUCUGCAUCCAGAGAAACCUCAACUUAAAUCAACUU